GCUUGGCUACUGCAAUGUGGGGAUUUUCAGGAAAUGGUGUCACCAUUUGUGAAGAUGAUAAUGAGUGUGGAAAUUUAACCCAGCCCUGUGGUGAAAAUGCUAACUGCACUAACACAGAGGGAAGCUAUUAUUGUAUGUGUGCCUCUGGGUUUAGAUCCAGCAGUUACCAAGACAGGUUUAUCACUAAUGAUGGAACCAUCUGCAUAGAUAUAGAUGAAUGCAGUGAAUCAGUUGUCUGUGGUGAACAUGCGGUAUGUGAGAAUGUAAAUGGUGGGUAUAACUGCUUCUGCAAGGAAGGUUAUCAGACAUCCACAGGAAAGUCGCAGUUCACACCAAGUGAUGGCUCUUACUGCCAAGAAAAUGUGAAUGCAAAUUGCCAUUUAGAUAAUGCCUGUAUUGCUACAAAUGUUAACAAAACUUUGAAAAAAAUGGGACCCAAAGAAAACCCCGUGGCUUUUUUACAAGAAAUCUAUAGAAAUUCUGUGACAGAGCUUUCACUGAUGGAUGUAAUUACAUAUAUAGAAAUAUUAGCCAAAUCAUUUCCAUUGCAAGAUGAUAUAAAUAACACUAUCUCAGCCAAGGACACCCUUUCUAAUUCAACUCUUACUGAAUUUGUAAAAACCAUGAAUAAUUUUGUUCAAAAGAAUACAUUCGUAAUUUGGGACAAAUUACCUAUGAAUCAUAGAAGAACUCAUCUUACAAAACUCCUGUAUACUGCUGAACAAGCUACAUUAAGAAUUUCUCAGAACUUCCAAAAGACCACUCAGUUUGAUACAAAUUCGACUGAUGUCGCUCUCAAAGUUUUCAUGUUUGAUUCAUACCACAUGAAACAUAUUCAUCCCCAUAUGAAUGUGGAUGGAGGCUAUAUAAAAAUAUUUCCAAAGAGAAAAGCUGCAUAUGAUUCAGAUGGCAAUGUUGCAGUUGCAUUUUUAUAUUAUAAGAGCAUUGGCCCAUUGCUUUCCUCAUCUGACAACUUCUUACUGGAACCUCAAAAUUAUGAUAAUUCUGAAGAGGAGGAAAAAGUCAUCUCUCCAGUAAUUUCUGUCACAAUUAGCUCAAACCCAUCCACAUUGUAUGAACUUGAAAAAAUAACAUUUACAUUAAGUCAUACUAAGAUCGCAGACAAGUUUAGGACUCAAUGUGCAUUUUGGAAUUACUCACCUGAUACCAUGAAUGGUAGCUGGUCUCCAGAGGGCUGCGAGCUGACUUAUACAAAUGCGACCCACACUUCUUGUCGCUGUAAUCACCUGACACAUUUUGCAAUUUUGAUGUCGUCUGGUGCUUCAAUUGGUAUUAAAGAUUAUACUAUCCUUACAAGGAUCACUCAACUAGGAAUAAUUAUCUCACUGAUUUGUCUUGCCAUAUGCAUUUUUACCUUCUGGUUCUUCAGUGAAAUUCAGAGCACCAGGACAACAAUUCACAAAAAUCUCUGCUGUAGCCUUUUCCUGGCUGAACUUGUUUUUCUUGUUGGGAUCAAUAUAAACACUAAUAAGCUCUUCUGUUCAAUCAUUGCUGGGUUGCUCCACUACUUCUUUUUAGCUGCCUUUGCAUGGAUGUGCAUUGAAGGCAUCCACCUCUAUCUCAUUGUUGUGGGAGUCAUCUACAACAAGGGAUUUUUGCACAAGAAUUUUUAUAUCUUUGGCUAUCUCAGCCCAGCUGUGGUAGUUGGAUUUUCAGCAGCAUUAGGAUACAGAUACUAUGGCACCACCAAAGUAUGCUGGCUUAGCACAGAAAACAACUUCAUUUGGAGUUUUAUAGGACCAGCGUGUUUAAUCAUUCUUGUUAAUCUCUUGGCUUUUGGAUUUAUCAUAUACAAAGUUUUUCGUCACACUGCUGGGUUGAAACCAGAAGUUAGUUGCUAUGAGAACAUAAGGUCUUGUGCAAGAGGAGCCCUUGCUCUCCUGUUCCUUCUUGGCACCACCUGGAUCUUUGGGGUUCUCCAUGUGGUGCAUGCAUCUGUGGUGACAGCUUACCUCUUCACUGUCAGUAAUGCCUUCCAAGGCAUGUUCAUUUUCUUAUUCCUCUGUGUUUUAUCCAGAAAGAUCCAAGAAGAAUAUUAUAGAUUGUUCAAAAAUGUCCCUUGUUGUUUUGGAUGUUUAAGGUAAAGAUAGAGAAUUAUGGAUAAUUAUAACUGCAAAGAAAUUAAAAAUACAAGCUGUGGAUGACUGAUGUAUAAAAAUCACUCAAUCUUAUUAUGCAGUUAUUAAUUACUAUUUUAAAUCUGUUUUUCAGUUUAUAGAUUAAGAACUGAGGAUAAUUAGGUAAAAUUAUGUGUUCAUGUAGAUAUAGUAUAUUUUCCUACCUGACAUAGUUAUGUGAAAAAUAGUACUGCAGAUAUUUGGAAAGUAAUUGGUUUCUCAGGAGUGAUAUCACUGCCCCAAGGAAAGAUUUUCUUUCUACCACAAGAAAUAUAUGAAAGUCCUAAAGUAAACCACCGACUUGAUAUUUUUGUGACUCAUGUGUCCUUUGAAAUGGGUCCCUAUCACCUUGGUAAUGAGUUCCAAAACCAAAAAUGGAACAUGAGAGAAUGAAGGGGCAGAAUAUCAAACAGUAAAAAGAAAAUGGCUACUAUAACAAUGAGAUGUACUUUGAAUAAACUUGUUUUCUAUAAACUACAUGAGAAGUUUUUGAAAUAAGAUGAAGAAUUGAAUACACAUAUCUUACCAUUUUGUAAAUUGUUCUGAGCUUAAAUUUCUACUGAAACCAUAUAGACCUCUAUU